AUGGCGCCAGCCAGCUCGGCAGCAGCGCUGGCAGCAGUGCUGGUGGCGCUGCAGCUAUCUGCGGUGGUAGUGGUAGCGGCGGCUGAUGCGCACGGCUGCACCAGGAAGUGCGGCGACGUCGGCGUGCCGUACCCGUUCGGCGUCGUCGGCGAUCCGGGCGGGGCAGGCUGCUACCUGCCGGGCCUGAAUCUCACCUGCGACCACGACCCCCCUCGGCUGCUGCUCGGCGACGGCACCCUUCAGGUCGUCGAGAUCUCCCUCGACAACGCCACCGUGCGUGUCGUACGCGCCGGCGACAUAAAGAUGUACGACUACGACAGCGGGACGUUGGGCGGCGGACUCAAGGUCCACGGGACCUACUCGCUGUCUGCCGGUAACGAGCUCAUUGUAACGGGUUGCAAUGUGAUGGCGGCGCUGUACGAGGAGACCAGCCACGUCAUCAUGAGCGCAUGUGCCUCCUUCUGUCCCGUCCUCGACGCCGUCCUCACGGGCUUGGGCAUGGGGUACGAGGACGCCCCCGGCAAGUACUGCAACGGCAAGUGGUGCUGCCAGGCGCCCAUCGCCGCCGUCCGUGACGCGGCGACGAGCUAUGUGAAGUUCAAAUGGUUCGGCCACAACAUAAGCGCGGAUCAGGAGUCCGUGCAAGCGUCUGCCCACGUGUUCGUAGCCGAGGAGGGGUGGUUGGAUAGUUACGACAGUGCUGUGGAAUACCCUUUGUCGAAAGAUACAGUGCCAGUUCCCAUGCUGCUGGGCUGGGAGAUUGUCGAUGUAGACCCAUCCCCAUCCACGACAGAUGACACCAACGGGUGGUGGCAGACCCAACGACGUGAGUGCCCCGGUAGAGUGGCCACCAGCAUAUGCAAGAGCAACAAAAGUACGUGCAUUCAGGGUAGAGGCUAUCGCUGCUACUGCGAGGACGGUUACCAAGGCAACCCUUACAUGCUCGACGGCUGCAAAGAUAUAAAUGAGUGCGAGGAACCAGGAGGAAGUCGGUGCCUUGGUAAAUGCACCAAUACACAAGGAUCUUUUUAGUGCGGGUGUCCAGAAGGAACCCAGGGCGACCCCAACCUGCCCGAAGGUUGCAUCGUCCCUUCUGUCACAGUCACAGGUAACUGCAACACGUCAUGCGGUGACGUGAAAGUACCGUACCCUUUCGGCAUGGGCCCUCUCCACUGCUACAGACCAGGGUUCAACCUCACAUGCGACACAACAAACGAGAACAUCACACGGUUGUUGCUCGGCGACUAUGGGGACUUUCAAGUCCUCGAUAUCUCCCUCGCAAACACCACGGUGCGUGUUGUUCACACCGGUGCCUUCUUAGGCCUCACCUCUGGAGAAGACACUUUCUAUUUCGAAGAUGUUUUCAGGGAACCCUGGGAGAAGCCCUACUCCGUGUCGAGCCGUAACGAGCUCAUCCUCAUGGGAUGCAAUGCCAAGGCGACGCUGCUCGCGUCCGACAACAAAGCCAUCCUUAGCGGAUGCGCCUCCUUCUGCUCCUCCGACGUGAAUGGCACCUAUGCUACGACGGUGGCAAGGCGCAGCCACGGCAAGUAUUGCUAUGGCAUGGGUUGCUGUCAGGCACGCAUCUCCAUGUCCAAGUACGGCGUGCUUGGGGCGUUGAGCUUAGAAGGGCUCGACCGAAGAAACGCGCUGAGUCCUAAAUCAGCAUAUGUGUUAAUCGCGGAGGAAGGGUGGUUUGAUUUGGGUAGGUUAUCUGAAGAGCUGGUGCGGACGAUUCAGCACGAGGAAAUUCCGAUGAUUCUACAGUGGGAGGUCUUGUUGCCCGGCUUUCCUCCAGCUAAAGUGAGCUCGCAGCAGCCGAAUUGCCCCGCCGAGGUAGCCGAUAGCAUCUGCAAGAGCGAGCACAGCCACUGCGUACAGGAGAGACGUGGCUAUUCGUGCCAAUGCAUGGACGGCUACCAGGGCAACCCCUACCUCCUCGAUGGAUGCCAAGAGAAAACGAAUAAUAAUAUUUGUAACUUUGCAGAUAAAGGUGUCAUUAUAGGAGUUGCCAGCGGGGCAGGCUUUGUACUUUUGGUUUUUGUCGGGCUUUUUAUAUCCAAGAAGUUAAAACAUCAAAGGACACAAAUGUUGAAGCAAAAGUUCUUUGAGCAGAAUCGUGGUCAAUUGCUGCAACAGUUAGUAUCCCAAAGAGCCGAUAUUGCAGAGAGGAUGAUCAUAUCUUUAGAAGAGCUAGAGAAGGCGACAAACAACUUCGAUAAAGCUCGUGAGCUUGGUGGCGGAGGACAUGGCACCGUGUACAAAGGAAUUUUAUCAGACCUCCAUGUUGUGGCUAUCAAGAAACCAAAGAAGGUGGUUCAGAAAGAGACUGAUGAGUUUAUCAAUGAGGUUGCUAUACUGUCACAAAUCAACCAUCGAAAUGUGGUAAAACUCUAUGGUUGUUGUCUUGAAACAGAAGUCCCAAUGUUGGUCUAUGAGUUCAUAUCAAAUGGUACCCUUUAUGAUCAUCUUCAUGUUGAAGGGCCAAUAUCGUUGUCAUGGGGUGACAGGCUACGAAUAUUAAUCGAAACAGCUAAAUCUCUAGCAUAUCUUCACUCAACAGCUUCAAUACCUAUCAUUCACAGAGACAUCAAGUCAGUUAACAUACUUUUGGAUGAUACUCUAACAACAAAGAUAGCGGAUUUUGGAGCAUCAAGGUAUAUUUCAGUGGAGAAAUCAGGGUUAACAACCAUGGUGCAAGGCACCGUUGGAUAUUUAGACCCUAUGUACUUCUACACAGGGCGACUCACGGAGAAAAGUGAUGUAUACAGUUUUGGUGUCAUGGUUGUAGAACUGUUGACUAGAAAAAAACCAUUUUCAUAUUUAUCCCCUGGUGGUGAAGGCCUUAUUGCACAUUUCGCUGUGUUGUUUGCAGAAGAUAACUUGUCACAGAUACUAGAUCCACAAGUUAUAGAUGAGUCGAGCAGAGAAGUACCUGAAGUUGCUAAACUUGCAAUAGCAUGUACACAAUUAAAAGGAGAGGAUCGCCCAACCAUGCGACAAGUGGAGUUGACACUAGAAAGCCUACAAUCAUCAAUGCAUAUUGUUUUAGAUAAUGUGGUGGAUGAGGAAUUUGAGAAUGACAUUAUUCCAACAAAUUACCCAAUGAAUGAGCAUGAAAGAGGCAGCGACGAGGAUUCGAGGAGACAAUAUAGUAUGGAAGACGAGCUCAUGAUAUCAUCAAGGUAUCCUCGGUAG